CCAUCCCUUCAGGAGCACAUCAGUCCUGAGCCAUCCCUUCAGGAGCACAUCAGUCCUGAGCCAUCCCUUCAGGAGCACAUCAGUCCUGAGCCAUCCCUUCAGGAGCACAUCAGUCCUGAGCCAUCCCUUCAGGAGCACAUCAGUCCUGAGCCAUCCCUUCAGGAGCACAUCAGUCCUGAGCCAUCCCUUCAGGAGCACAUCAGUCCUGAGCCAUCCCUUCAGGAGCACAUCAGUCCUGAGCCAUCCCUUCAGGAGCACAUCAGUCCUGAGCCAUCCCUUCAGGAGCACAUCAGUCCUGAGCCAUCCCUUCAGGAGCACAUCAGUCCUGAGCCAUCCCUUCAGGAGCACAUCAGUCCUGAGCCAUCCCUUCAGGAGCACAUCAGUCCUGAGCCAUCCCUUCAGGAGCACAUCAUCAGCCCUGAGCCAUCCCUUCAGGAGCACAUCAGUCCUGAGCCAUCCCUUCAGGAGCACAUCAGUCCUGAGCCAUCCCUUCAGGAGCACAUCAGUCCUGAGCCAUCCCUUCAGGAGCACAUCAGUCCUGAGCCAUCCCUUCAGGAGCACAUCAGUCCUGAGCCAUCCCUUCAGGAGCACAUCAGUCCUGAGCCAUCCCUUCAGGAGCACACCAAUCCUGAGCCAUCCCCUUUAGAAGCACAUCAGCAGAGUAGCAGUUUUUUUGGCCUUCCACCCCUCCAACCAUCAAGCAGUCAAGGCCGCCAUGGGCGCCUUGAGGUGGCGAGCCCGAACUUGGGUGUUGUGCUAGGCCGCUUGCGUGCAGCUUCAAGUUGCACUCUCCGCACCUCCCUGUGUGGUGCAGCACAGCUAGGCCGGGGAAUCAGAGUCGCUCCCUCCACGCGCCUCACAUUCACUCUCUUGUUGCUCGUUUUGGGAUGCGCGUCGGCGGUACAGUAUGUGCUGCCUUGCUGCGACCUGCUGACGUCGUUGACGCGCGGGAAUGCGCUGCACAUUCCGCCGACGCUGCACAUUCCGCCGACGCUGCACAUUCCGCCGACGCUGCACAUUCCGCCGACGCUGCACAUUCCGCCGACGCUGCACAUUCCGCCGACGCUGCACAAUGCGCCCAAGCUGCAGAAUGCGCCGAAGAUGCAGAAUGCGCAGAAGCUGCAGAAUGCGCCGAAGCUGCAGAAUGCGCCGAAGCUGCAGAAUGCGCCGAUGCUGCAGAAUGCGCCGAAGUUGCAGAAUGCGCCGAUGCUGCAGAAUGCGCCGAAGCUGCAGAAUGCGCCGAAGCUGCAGAAUGCGCCGAAGCUGCAGAAUGCGCCGAAGCUGCAGAAUGCGCCGAAGCUGCAGAAUGCGCCGAAGCUGCAGAAUGCGCCGAAGCUGCAGAAUGCGCCGAAGCUGCAGAAUGCGCCGAAGCUGCAGAAUGCGCCGAAGCUGCAGAAUGCGCCGAUGCUGCAGGCUCGGAUGCUGGAGAGUCCGACUCGGCAGAUUCUGAUGCUGCACGUCGCGAUGCUGCAGAAUCCGACGUUGCAGCUGCAGUUUGCGAUUCGGCACAAUCGGCCGCUUUAA